GCCUGUGGUGUCAGCGAGCAUUCGACUUCUUCCUCUGGUGAAGUAGGUUUACUUGAACUUGAAGGAAAGAAAAAAAUGUCUCCACUUCUAAGAAGCAUCUGUGACAUCACUGAAAUUUUCAAUCAAUAUGUCUCACAUGAUUGUGAUGGAGCAGCAUUAACUAAAAAAGACCUGAAGAACGUCCUUGAAAGGGAAUUUGGAGCUGUGCUUCGGAGACCACAUGACCCCAAGACGGUAGAUCUGAUCCUGGAACUUCUGGAUCGUGACUGUAAUGGGCGUGUCGAUUUCAACGAAUUCCUCCUAUUUAUUUUCAAAGUGGCUCAAGCUUGUUACUAUGCUCUUGGCCAGGCCACGGGACUGGAUGAGGAGAAGCGAGCCCAGUGUGACGGAAAGGAGAGCCUGUUACAAGAUCGCAGGCAAGAAGAAGACCAAAGGAGAUUCGAGCCCCGGGACAGACAACUGGAAGAAGAACCUGGGCAACGACGCAGGCAGAAGAGGCAGGAACAGGAGAGGGAGCUCGCCGAGGCAGAGGACCAAAGUGAGAAACAACAGCGACUUGAGCAGCGCGACAGGCAGCGCCGCGACAAGGAGCUGUGGCUGCAAAGGCGAGAACGGCAAGAACAGGAAGAGCGCCGUGCGGAGGAAGAGCAGCUGCAGAGGUGCAAGGGUCACGAAACUGAGAAGUUUCCAGACGAAGAGCAACAGCGAAGGCGGGAGCUGCAGGAGCUGAGGAGGGAGCGCCACGAGAAGCAGCAGCAAAGGCGAGAGCGGCAAGAAAGAGUGCUCCAGGAGGAAGAAGAGAAAGAGUGGAGGAAGCGCGAGAGAGUGCUCCGGCAGGAAGAGGAGCCGCAGCGGCAAAGAGAGCUCCAGGAGGAAGAAGAGCAGCUACAGAAGCUGGAGCGGCAAGAGCUGAAGAGGGAGCGACAGGAGGAAGAGCAGCAGCAGCAAAGGCUGAGGCGCGAGCAGCAACUAAGUCGCGAGCAGAAGAGGCGCGAGCAGCAGGAGGAGAGGCGCGAGCAGCAGGAGGAGAAGCGCGAGCAGCAGCUCAGGAGCGAGCAGUUGGAGAAGAGGCGCGAGCAGCAGCUGAGGCGCGAGCAGGAGGAGGAGAGGCACAAGCAGGAGAGGCGCGCGCGGCUGAAGCGCGAGCAGGAGGAGAGGCGCGAUUGGCUGAAUCGCGAGGAGGAGGAGAGGCGCGAGCAGCAACUAAGGCGGGAGCAGGAGGAGAGGCGCGAGCAGCGGCUGAAGCGCCAGGAGGAGGAAGAGAGGCUCGAGCAGCGGUUGAGGCGCGAGCAACUAAGACGCGAGCAGGAGGAGAGGCGUGAGCAGGAGGAAGAGAGGCGUGAGCAGCUGCUGAAGCGCGAGGAGGAGGAGCGGCUCCAGCAGGAGGAGAGCCGCGAGCAGCGGCUGAAGCGCGAGGAGGAGAGGCGCGAGCAGCGGCUGAAGCGCGAGCAGGAAGACAGGCUCGAGCAGCGACUGAAGCGCGAGCAGGAAGAGAGGCUCCAGCAGCGACUGAAGCGCGAGGAGGAGGAGAGACUCGAGCAGGAGGAGAGGCGCGAGCUGCGGCUGAAGCGCGAGGAGCGGGAGGAAGAGAGGCGCCAGCAGCUGCUGAAGCGCGAGGAGCAGGAGGAGAGGCGCGAGCAGCAAGAAAGGCGCGAGCAGCGGCUGAAGCGCGAGGAGGAGGAAGAGAGGCUCGAGCAGCGGCUGAAGCUCGAGCAUGAGGAAGAGAGGCGCGAGCAAGAGCUGGCUGAGGAGAAGCAGGAACAGGCCCGGGAGCGGAUUAAGAGCCGCACCCCGAAGUGGCAGUGGCAGCUAGAAAGCGAGGCCGACGCACGGCAAAGCAAAGUCUACUCGAGGCCCCGCAAGCAGGAAGGGCAGAGGCGCUGCCAAGAGCAGGAGGAGAAGAGGCGGCACCGGGAGCGUGAGCUGCAAUGGCAGGAGGAGGAACGGGCUCACCCGCAGCAGCAGGAAGAGGAGCAGCGCCGGGAUUUCACAUGGCAGUGGCAGGCGGAGGAAGAGAGCGAGAGGGGCCGUCAGAGGCUGUCCGCCAGGCCCCCAUUGCGCGAGCAGCGGGAGAGGCAGCUGAGGGCCGAGGAGCGCGAGCAGCGGGAACAACGGUUUCUCCAGGAGGAGGAGGAGAAGGAGCAGCGGCGCCGCCAGCGACGCGAGAAGGAGAAAGAGCUGCAGUUCCUGGAGGAAGAGGAGCAGCUCCAGCGGCGGGAGCAUGCCCAACAGCUCCUGGAGGAGGAGGACGGCCUCCAGGAGGAUCAGGAGAGGAGGCGAAGCCAGGAGCAGCGCCGCGACCAAAAAUGGAGGUGGCAACUAGAAGAAGAAAGGAAGAGACGCCGCCACACGCUGUACGCCAAGCCAGCCCUACGAGAGCAGCUGAGGAAGGAACAGCAGCUGCUGCAGGAGGAGGAGCUGCAGAGAGAGGAGCGCGAGAAGAGAAGGCGCCAGGAGCAGGAGAAACAAUACCCCGAGGAAGAGCAGCUGCAGCAGGAGGAAGAGCAGCUGCUGAGAGAGGAACGGGAGAAAAGAAGACGCCAGGAGCGGGAAAGGCAGUAUCGGGAGGAUGAGGAGCUGCAGCAGGAGGAAGAGCAGCUGCUGGGAGAGGAACGGGAGAAGAGAAGGCGCCAGGAGCUGGAGAGGCAAUAUCAGAAGGAAGAGGAGCUUCAGCAGGAGGAAGAGCAGCUGCUGAGAGAGGAACGGGAGAAGAGAAGGCGCCAGGAGCGGGAGAGGCAAUAUCGGGAGGAAGAAAAGCUGCAGCAGGAGGAAGAGCAGCUGCUGAGAGAGGAACGGGAGAAGAGAAGGCGCCAGGAGCUGGAGAGGCAAUAUCAGGAGGAAGAGGAGCUGCAGCAGGAGGAAGAGCAGCUGCUGAGAGAGGAACGGGAGAAGAGAAGGCGCCAGGAGCUGGAGAGGCAAUAUCGGGAGGAAGAGGAGCUUCAGCAGGAGGAAGAGCAGCUGCUGAGAGAGGAACGGGAGAAGAGAAGGCUCCCGGAGCUGGAGAGGCGAUACCGCGAGGAAGAGGAGCUGCAGCAGGAGGAAGAGCAGCUGCUGAGAGAGGAACAGGAGAAAAGAAGGCGCCAGGAGCGGGAGAGGCAGUAUCAGGAGGAGGAAGAGCUUCAGCGCCAGGAGAGGAAGCGGCGAUACCGGGAUGAGGAUCAGCGCAGUGAUCUGAAAUGGCAGUGGGAACCAGAAAAAGAAAAUGCAGUUCGUGAUAACAAGGUUUACUGCAAACGUAGAGAGAAUGAACAGUUCCGGCAGUUGGAAGAUUCCCAGGUGCGCCACAGACAAUCCCAGCAAGAUCUGCAGCACCUGCUAGAUGAACAGCAAGAGCGAGAUCGUGAGCAAGAGAGGAGGCGCUGGCAGCAGCGCGACAGGCAUUUCCCAGAGGAAGAACAGCUGGAGCGAGAAGAGCAAAAGGAAGCCAAAAGGCGCGACAGGAAGUCCCAAGAGGAAAAGCAGUUGCUGAGAGAGGAAAGAGAAGAGAAGAGACCCCGUCAAGAGACAGACAGAAAAUUCCGCGAGGAGGAACAGCUGCUCCAGGAAAGGGAGGAACAGCAGCUGCGCCGCCAAGAGCGUGACAGAAAAUUCCGCGAAGAGGAACUGCGCCGUCAGCAACAAGAGAGAAAAUUCCUCGAGGAGGAACAGCGGCUGCGCCGCCAGGAACGGGAGAGAAAAUUCCUUAAGAAGGAACAGGAGCUGCGCCGCCCGGAGCGCGAGCAACAGCUGCGUCAGGACCCCGACAGAAAAUUCCGCGAGGAGGAACAGCUGCGCCAGGAGAGAGAGGAACAGCAGCUGAGCCAAGAGCUUGACAGAAAAUUUCCUGAAGAGGAACAGCAGGUGCGCCGCCAGGAACGAGAGAGAAAAUUCCUGGAGGAAGAACAGCAGCUGCGCCGCCAGGAGCGCCAACAACAGCUGCGACAGGAGCGCGACAGAAAAUUCCGCGAAGAGGAACAGCUGCUCCAGGAAAGGGAAGAACAGCAGCUGCACCGCCAAGAGCGUGACAGAAAAUUCCUGAAGGAGGAACAGCAGCUGCGCCGCCAAGAGCGUGACAGAAAAUUCCGCGAAGAGGAACUGCGCCGCCAGCAACAGGAGAGAAAAUUCCGUGAGGAGGAACAGCAGCUGCGCCGCCAGGAGCGCGAGCAACAGCUGCGUCAGGACCGCCACAGAAAAUUCCGCGAGGAGGAACAGCUGCUCCAGGAGAAGGAGGAACAGCAGCUGAGCCGCCAAGAGCGUGACAGAAAAUUCCAUGAAGAGGAACAGCAGGUGCGCCGCCAGGAACGAGAGAGAAAAUUCCUGGAGGAAGAACAGCAGCCGCGCCGCCAGGAGCGCCAACAACAGCUGCGCCGAGAGCGCGACAGAAAAUUCCGCGAAGAGGAACAGCUGCUCCAGGAAAGGGAGGAACAGAAGCUGCACCGCCAAGAGCGUGACAGAAAAUUCCUAGAGGAGGAACAGCAGCUGCGCCGCCAGGAGCGCGAACAGCAACUCCGCCAUGACCGCGACAGAAAAUUCCACGAAGAGGAACAGCUGCUCCAGGAAAGGGAAGAACAGCAGCUGCACCGCCAAGAGCGUGCCAGAAAAUUCCGCGAAGAGGAACAGCAGCUGCGCCGCCAGGAACUGGAGAGAAAAUUCCGUGAGGAGGAACAGCUGCUCCAAGAAACGGAGGAAGAGCAGCUGCGCCGCCAAGAACGCGACAGAAAAUUCCUAGAGGAAGAGCAGCUUCGUCAGGAAAGGGAAGAACAGCAGCUGCGCCGCCAGGAGCGCGACAGAAAACUCCACGAGGAGGAACAGCUCCGCCAGGAGAGGGAGGAACAGCAGCUGCGCAGCCAAGAGCGUGACAGAAAAUUCCGCGAGGAGGAACAGCUCCGCCAGGAGAGGGAAGAACAGCAGCUGCGCCGCCAACAGCGUGACAGAAAGUAUCGCUGGGAAGAAGAGCAGCUCCAGCUUGAAGAACAAGAAGAGCAGAGGCUGCGGCAGGAGCGAGACCGGCAGUACUGGGCGAAGGAGCAGUUUGCCACGCAGGAGAAGAGUCGUCGUCAGGAACAAGAACUAUGGCAAAAAGAAGAGCAGAAACGUCGCCAGGAACGGGAAAGGAAAUUACGGGAAGAACACAUCCGCCGCCAGCAGGAGGAGGAACAGAGGCGCCGCCAAGUCGGGGAGACACAAUCCCAAGAAGGGAAGGGCCAUGGGCGGCUUCUAGAGCCCGGCACUCAUCAGUUUGCCAGCGUCCCAGUGCGCUCCAGCCCUCUCUAUGAGUACAUCCAAGAGCAGAGAUCUCAAUACCGCCCUUAAGAGAUGUUGCCAAUAUCCUGACACCUGCCAAAGCUUCGAGCACGGGAAAAUGAGAAACACUGGGUACCAAGUGAUAACCGAGAUGUUUCUGGUUGUGGGAAAACUCUCUGAUAUUAGAAUGUCUUUUCUUCCAAAAUCUUAAACUACGCUCA